AUGUCCAGCACAAGACCCGACUUGAAAUUCACAGACACCGUUGACGAACGACUGUUCUACCGGCGCUUUGCCAAUUUGCCCGAAAAAGAAGCCAACACCGUUCGAAUUGUCGACCACAAGGACUACUUCACGGCUCUAGAAGAUGAUGCAGAACUCAUUGCUGAUGCUAUCUACAAAACGCUGCUGGUGAUCAAGACGUCCAACUCGAAGCACCGUUACGUGACGAUUUCACCCCAGGUUUUCACGUCGGUGGUGAGAUUUUGCCUAGUGGAAAAUAAUUACAAGGUGGAGGUGUAUCUGAAGCAGUUCCAGCUACUAGCGACGGCUACACCCGGUAAUCUCGAGCUGCUUGCUGUGGAGUAUGGAAUUGAUGUGGAAUCCAUGCUUCGGGAUGCGCUGACUCCCGUGGUUGCUAGCGUGAAAUUCACCACCUCUGGCGCAGGAAAAAAGGUGGGAGUAUGUUUGGCAGAUUUGCUGAACAAGGCGUUGCGGUUGCUGGAGUUCGAGGAUAACGACUUGUUUUCGAACUUGGAGCUGUUGUUCUUGCAAGUGAACGUCAAGGAAGUUGUGUUGCCAAGCUCAUACACUCCAGACGACGAUGCUCCUGGAGACGUGGUGAAGCUCUUCCAAGUGCUCAACAAGAUCGGCUCAGUGGUGAUCUCCUCCAUCAAGCUGAGCGCUUACACAGCCAAAGACAUCGACCAAGAUUUGGCAAAGAUCGUCUCGGCCGAAAACAUAGACAGUGAGGCUGCCAACAAUGUCGAGCUCGUGCUUGCUUCCAAAGGUAUCAACUCUUCCGAGUACACCCUCUCAUUGGGCUGCUGCAACUCUCUUAUCCAGUACUUAAACUUGCUUGGAGGCGACUCGGCUUCUUUCACCAUUGAUAAGUACAACCUCAACACCUAUAUGAAGCUCGACUCCUCGACAAUGAGAGCGCUAAACAUCUUCCCCUCCACUCAGACCAUGCCAGGCCCCAAACCGUCAAAUGUGUCGUCGAUCUUUGAUCUUUUGAACAAGUGCAAGACUGCUUCCGGCACACGCUUGCUUUCCCAAUGGCUCAAGCAGCCGCUCACGGACUUGGAUGCCAUUUCUGAUCGUCACGCAUUGGUGGGACACCUCAUCAACGAUACCAAUCUUCGUGUGUUUGUCUCGCAAGAAUGGUUAACGCAAGUUCCCGAUGUGAAGCGACUUCUCAAGAAAAUCGCCAACGGCAUGAAGAGGGUCACAGGGGCCGAGAAUAAAAAAUUGGAGGACGUAGUGAGGCUCUACCAGCUUGUAACGAUUCUUCCUGAGCUCAUAAACAUGGUGCAGAUGUCUUUGGAUGACGCUACUGAGCAACUCAAACCUCUCAUGCAAAGGGAGUGGUUGGAUCCACUUUCAAAGAACCACGCUUCACUCGUGAAGUUUCAGGAGUUGGUAGAAACGACAAUCGACCUUUCUCCCCUUGAAUCAUCCUCGUCCAGUGACCUUUACACGGAUUUCAACAUCAAGCCUGAAUUUGAUGAGCUGCUCAUCACUAUCAACGACAACCUUCAGAGCACCAUUCUGAAGAUUAAGCAAGUUCAUGAACAGGUUGCAGACGAUCUCAAUAUCGAUAUUGAAAAGAAGCUCAAGCUUGAAAAUCAUCAACAACACGGGUGGUGUUUUAGAGUCACACGUAUCGACUCGGCCAUCUUGAGAAACACCGGUGAUAAUUACAUCGAGCUCCAGACUGUGAAGGCAGGCGUUUUCUUCACAACUAGAAAGCUUCGUAAGCUUUCUGAACAAUACGCAGAGUAUUCUGAUGAGUACAACUCGAAGCAGAAGGAAUUGAUCAAGGAGAUCUUGUCCAUUACGUUGACGUAUCAAACUGUUUUCUUGAGACUUUCGCUCGUGUUGAGCCACAUUGAUGUCAUUGCAUCUUUUGCCAAUGUUGCCAUUUUUGCACCAACGCCUUUCAUGAAGCCCAAUUUGCAUCCAUUGGCAGGGUCAACAACUUCAGAAGAGUUCCUAUCCAGAAGAAUCAAUUUGAAGGAUGCAAGACAUCCUGUUCUUGAAUUACAAGAAGACGUAAACUUUAUUGCCAAUGACGUCAAUUUGGGUAAUGCCGAUAAUGACAAAUCUUUUGUGAUCAUCACUGGUCCAAAUAUGGGAGGUAAGUCCACAUACAUUCGUCAGGUUGGUGUCAUUGCGCUCAUGUGUCAAGUGGGCUCGUAUAUCCCAGCAUCAGAAGAUGGUGCGCCUCCAGAAGUGCCGAUCUUUGACGCAAUAUUGUCUCGUGUGGGUGCUGGUGAUUCCCAGCUCAAGGGUUUGUCUACCUUUAUGAUCGAAAUGCUAGAAACUUCAUCGAUUCUUGCUACCGCUACACACAACUCUCUAAUUAUCAUCGACGAAUUGGGCCGCGGUACCAGUACCUAUGAUGGGUUUGGCUUAGCAUGGUCCAUAUCUGAGCAUCUAAUUAGUGUUAAGAAGUGCUUCACGCUCUUUGCUACGCAUUUUCAUGAGCUUACCAAAUUGUCAGAGAAGUAUGAGGGUAGAGUACAAAAUCUACAUGUGGUCGCCCACAUCGAGAAGAAAGGUGCCGAGGAAGUCGAGGAUGACGAUAUCACGUUGAUGUACAGGGUAGAGCCUGGAAUUUCUGACAAGUCCUUCGGUAUUCAUGUUGCUGAGCUCGUGAAAUUCCCAACGAAGAUCAUCAAUAUGGCCAAACGCAAGGCCUCAGAGCUCCAAAGUUUAAAUGCGGGAUCCGAUGCUGAUCCAUACGUGAGCAAUAAAAGGACGAAAUGCAGCAAUGAGGAGAUCAGCGCUGGUGUUGAGAAGCUCAAGACGAUCUUGCUUUCGUGGAAAGAUGAAUGCAUCGACCCUGAAACACAGAAAUGCAAGGUUUCUUCUGAGGAGGCCAUACUGUCAUUGAAAAAGCUUGUGGAUGGCCGCUACAGCGAAGAGCUGAAGAACGAUAAGUUCAUUCAAGAGGUUCUCACCAUGUUGUAA